AUGCGUCGCGUUCAACAGAAGGCCGAGCCGUGCGACGACCGCGACGGGCACUACAUUGUGGUUCCGGGCCGUGAGUUUACGCCGCGGUUCAAGAUCCGGAGACUGCUUGGGCAGGGCACGUUUGGCAAGGUUAUGGAGUGCGAGGACAGCCAGUCGGGGCGCCUGGUCGCCGUCAAGGUGAUCCGGGCGGUGCCAAAGUACCGCGACGCGGCCCGCAUCGAGGUGCGUGUGCUGCAGACGCUGCAGCGCAACGACCCACCCAACAAGUACCAGUGCAUGCACCUGAACGAGACAUUCGAGCACCGCAACCACGUGUGCAUGGUGUUUGAGCUGCUGGGCCCCAGCGUGUUUGACUUCCUCAAGGAGAACGAGUUCCGCCCGUUCUCGCUGCAUCACGUGCAGCUGUUUGCUGAGCAGCUCCUGCGCAGCGUCGCGUUCCUGCACCGGCUCAACCUGGUGCACACGGAUCUGAAGCCAGAGAACAUUCUGCUCGAGAGCGGGGCCUAUGACCUGGUGCCGUUCGGGCGCAGCCAGACGGUGCAGACCCACAUGCUCAAGUCGACCAACAUCCGGCUGAUUGACUUUGGCAGUGCCACAUUCGACAACGAGUACCACUCGCAGGUGGUCUCGACGCGGCACUACCGGGCGCCCGAGAUCAUCCUGAACCUCGGGUGGUCGUUCCCGUGCGACAUGUGGUCGAUUGGCUGCAUCAUCAUCGAGCUGCUGACCGGCGAGGCGCUGUUCCAGACCCACGACAACCACGAGCACCUGGCUAUGAUGGAGGUUGUGGUGGGCGCAGCUCCCUCGCACAUUGUGCGGGCAACGCAGUCGGAUCUGCGCAGCAAGUUCUUCAGGUCCGACGGAUCCGUGCGGUACCCACCGCCGGAGCAGCCGCGGGUGUCGCAGAAGGGCGUCCGGUCGAUGCGUGCGCUGAGCCAGAUUGUGUCGCCGUCGACUAACCCAAUCUACGCCAACCUGCAUGAUUUGCUGAACCGGCUGCUGCAGUUCGACCCCAGGGCUAGGAUUACUGCCGAGGAGGCGUGCCAGCACCAGUUCUUC